UGCUUGGGCGGGAUCCCCACACCCGCGCCGGAAGUGGCGGCUCGUUACCAGGGUGAAAGGUCGCCGGCAGCCGACGCGUUUGCGGAGCAGCCAUGGAAGUCGGCGGCAGAGAGACGCAACAUUUGCGGCACGUGGAGAAGGAUGUACUUAUUCCCAAAAUGGUGCGAGAGAAGGCCAGGGAACUUUGUUCCGAUAAAGUGGAAGAUUUUACCCAAUGCUGCCAGAAAAAUGGGUUUUUAAUGGUUGUAAAAUGUCGAAAAGAAAAUGCUGCACUAAAAGAAUGUCUAACUGGCCAUUAUAAUGAUUCAACGUUAUACGAAGAAUGUAAGCAAGAAUAUCUGAAAGAAAGGGAAGAAUUUCAAAGAACUGGCAUUCCUUCUAAGAAAAGGCAACAGAAAGUACCGAGUAGCAUGUAGCUGAACUUGGAGAAUCAAGCACGUGCCACAUCACAAAAUCAGUAACUAACAGAAAGAAUACAUCCAGAAAAUUCACUGAUUAUAAUCUGGAUUAAUUUCUUAUGUUUGAUCUGCAGACUUUAUUAAAUUGUCAACUGCGACUUUGAGACUUUAUUAAGCUGUAUUACAAAAUUUUUCACGGACAUUCUUUUUUCUUGCAAUCAGAGUCCCCUGAUAAUAGAGUUGGAGAGUAUAUCUUUCAGUUAAAUGUAUUGAUCAGUGUAUUCUGUCUUAAUUAAUUUAAACAGCUGUAAUUGUUUUGGAAUUCUGAAUUUGGAUUUAUCUGUUAUGUGAUAACUAUUGUUGGCUCUAUAUGCAUUGUAAAUUGAUAGUAAAGCAAUUAUGAGUACAGAAGAAAAACCUGAAUAAAAUGGCUUUCACUUUUAUGU